AGCGACGAGACGUGCCGGGGGUACAGGAAGGACUCCCGUCGCGCCGGCGCUGCCCACAGGCUUAGCUUCCCGCGCCUGCGCACUGCCGCCGCUUGUCUGCCGCAAUGCGCAUGCGCGGCCCCCCGCGCCGGGGACCGGCCAUGGGAUUCCGGAACAUAUCUGCCACGAUGCCUGGGUCUCUUCCGGUGAAUGUUGAAUCCUGCUGGCCCAAAGAUGUGGGAAUUGUUGCACUGGAAAUAUAUUUUCCCUCUCAGUAUGUUGACCAGACAGAGCUGGAGAAGUAUGAUGGUGUGGAUGCUGGGAAAUACACUAUUGGGCUAGGCCAGUCAAAGAUGGGGUUCUGCUCUGAUCGGGAAGAUAUCAAUUCUCUCUGCUUGACUGUGGUUCAGAAGCUCAUGGAGAGGAACAGCCUUUCCUAUGACUGCAUUGGGAGAUUGGAAGUUGGAACAGAGACGAUAAUUGAUAAAUCAAAGUCUGUAAAAACAGUCCUGAUGCAGCUUUUUGAAGAGUCUGGUAAUACAGAUGUGGAAGGAAUCGACACCACUAAUGCAUGCUAUGGAGGCACCGCUGCUCUCUUUAAUGCGAUUAAUUGGAUUGAGUCCAGUUCUUGGGAUGGACGCUAUGCGCUUGUUGUGGCAGGAGACAUUGCUGUGUAUGCCACUGGAAAUGCCAGGCCAACAGGAGGAGCUGGUGCUGUGGCUAUGCUAGUUGGUCCAAAUGCUCCCUUGGUUUUUGAGAGAGGGUUGCGUGGAACCCACAUGCAGCAUGCAUAUGACUUCUAUAAACCAGAUAUGGUCUCUGAGUACCCUGUGGUUGAUGGCAAACUCUCCAUACAGUGUUACCUCAGUGCAUUGGACCGCUGCUAUACUGUCUAUCGCAACAAAAUCCAAGCCCAGUGGCAAAAGGAGAGGACAGACAGACGUUUCACCUUGAAUGACUUUGGAUUCAUGAUCUUUCAUUCUCCCUACUGUAAACUGGUGCAGAAGUCUGUGGCUAGACUCUUGCUGAAUGACUUUCUCAGUGACCAGAACCCAGACACAGCAAGUGGAGUUUUCAGUGGUCUGGAAGCUUUCAGGGAUGUGAAACUUGAAGAUACAUAUUUUGACAAAGAUGUGGAAAAAGCUUUCAUGAAAGCUAGUGCAGAGCUCUUCAACCAGAAAACGAAAGCUUCGUUACUUGUAUCCAAUCAGAAUGGAAAUAUGUAUACCCCUUCUGUCUAUGGUUGCCUUGCCUCUCUUCUAGCCCAGUACUCCCCAGAGCAGCUGGCAGGACAGAGAAUCAGCGUGUUCUCCUACGGCUCUGGUUUUGCUGCUACGCUGUAUUCCAUCAGAGUUACCCAGGACGCCACUCCCGGUUCUGCACUGGACAAAAUAACUGCCAGCCUUUCUGAUCUCAAAACAAGACUCGACUCAAGAAAAUGCAUUGCACCUGAUGUCUUUGCUGAAAACAUGAAGCUUAGACAGGAAACACAUCAUCUGGCCAACUAUAUUCCACAGUGUUCAGUGGAAGAUCUCUUCGAGGGAACAUGGUACCUCGUGCGAGUGGAUGAAAAACACAGGCGGACCUACGCGCGGCGCCCGCUCCUGGGUGAUGGACCGUUGGAGGCAGGAGUGGAAGUUGUCCACCCAGGCAUUGUUCAUGAGCACAUCCCAAGCCCUGCUAAGAAAGUGCCAAGAAUCCCUGCAACAACAGAGUCUGAAGGCGUUACUGUUGCCAUUUCCAAUGGGGAGCAUUAAGAUACCUCUGUGAGGUGGGGAAUGAAACAAGAUGUGAGGGUAGGUAGGGUGAGAGAGAAAGAGGAUUGCAGUAGUGAUCAAGUUUCAGUGUACAGUAGUACUUCACUGGAGUAUGGAAAAAUUACUUAAGCUCCUUGAAAAGAUUUAUCCAAAUACUGUGUGCUGAUAUUUAUGGUAUUUUCUAACUUGAAAUUUGGCUUUGUACUUUGGAGUCCUUCUCACUUUGGUAAUACUGUAGGAGUGGGGCCUUUUUUCUUUUCUUUUGUUUUCUUCCCAGCGUGCAAGCUUAAAGCUAUCUAUUUUGCAAGUGGUAGAUAUACAGUGCUAAUGGGGAUUCCAUUCUGGUGGAUUUUUUUUUUAAAAGGCCAGGUUGGAAAUGAACUAUGACAUAAGCCUUGUGAGCUUGUAAUAUAUACUUAAAUUGAGCUAGUGUACAGAAUGAAGUUUUGUUGAAUUUAUUUCUGUGCUAAUUCUACAAAGCUACAUUGUCUAAUCUAAAGUAGCAAAAAAUUGUCUGUUUAAUUACAUUUUUUUGUGUGUAAUCAAGUGUUUGUAUAACCUGUCACUCACUAGGAUUUGAUAACUUGCUGUAUUUGUACAGUUAAGCCUUGGUAAAAUAGUUGUUUAUUACAAAUUGAAUACUAAUCUGUUUGUUCUGUUGAAAAUGAUGGAGCAAUGAUGCAUGAUGAUAGUGUUUGCAAGUAUUUUGGUUUAGGUUGCCCUUGUGAAACUUAACCUUGGCAUCAGGAAAACACAAAUUGCCAUGGAACGUAGUCCAUUGCUGGCAGUGGACAAUCCACGAAGUGAGCUACUGGCACAGAGCCACAGGGACCUCAUGGUCUGUGAGGCUGAUCCUUAAACUAAAAUAAAGUCUGAGAUAUUUGAAA